AUGCGCGAAAAACGUUUGAGCUGGAUUCUUGAGGGACGCCCUCGUGGAAUGGAUUUCCAUUCGUACAGACAAUACAAGCUUUCCAAACGAGACUUUGUAAAGGCCCUUACGGCUGCACGACGGGAAUACGAGCAGGAACAACUGAAUGAACUACAGAAAGCAGCAGAAAUUGAUAGCGGGACUUUCUACAAGGCGGUUCGUGCGCGGAAAAUCCGGGGCCAUGAGUCAUCCGAGAUACGCAUUAACGGUACGAUAUCUCGAGACGUUGAUGUCAACCGUACACUGUGGACGGAACAUUACUGUAGGCUUGCUAGCGUGUCGGAAAGCGAAGACUUUGAUGCUGUACAUAAACAGCAUAUAGACUCCAAUAUUAAUACGCUUUAUGACAAGAGCCAUCUUAAUCUUAAUAAGGUAUGUCUUAAGAGUAUCACUCAGCCAGAGGUGUCGAAUGCCCUUAAGGAAAUGAGUAACGGGAAAGCCAGUGGCCACGACUACCUUGUAGCGGAACACAUUCGAUAUGGAGGUUUACAACUCUUAACACUAAUUACCCGUCUUUACAACACCAUAUUUGACGUUGAAGACUACCCUGCGUGCUUCAAACAUGGAAUUGUUAUAUCGUUAUUUAAAGGCGGAAAAAAAGAUCGCUUGGACAUGAACAACUACCGAGACAUAACUCUUACUCCUGUCCUACAGAAAUUAUUUGAAAAAGUCCUAUAUCAAAGAAUAGCAAAAGUGUGUUCAAAAAUCGACUUUCCUCAUCGCCUUCAACAAGGGUUUAGGCCAGAUUGUGGAAGUAUUGUUGCUGCCUUCACUGUGAAAGAAGCUGUAUGUCAUCACCUUGAACGCAACACGAAAGUAUACGCGGCAUUCUUGGAUAACGCGAAAGCUUUCAACAGUGUCUGGAUAAAUGGGCUCCUCUCUAAGCUUUACAACCUAGGCUUCAAUGGUAAAAUCUGGCGAAUUAUAGCAAAUUCUUUUAAAGGAGUCACGUCAUGCGUACUACAUGACGGUAAAACCGGAAGUCCAUACCCAGUUGAACAGGGGGUAGGUCAAGGCCGAACUUUAUCUGCGUGGUUCUUUCUGGUCAUGAUCAAUGAUCUAAUUCACGAACUUGACUCAUCUAGCCUUGGACUUACUGUUCAUAACGUACAUAUACCAGCUAUAUUUCUUGCGGAUGACACUUUACUCAUGGACUGCUCCAUUGGAAACCUGCAAAACCUCCUUGACACUGUCCAUAAUUUCUCCCGAAAAUGGCGCCUAAAUUAUAACCCGGGAAAAAGUUCCCUAAUGCAGUUUCAGUGUGGUUACUCAAAACGCGGUCCACGAAUUGAUUGUACGCUCGGAGGAAAACCUAUUCCGUGGGUUACAACAAAAGAAUAUGCCGGGAUAACCUUGAUCCCAAAUCUUCACUGUGACGAGAACAUAAAAAUAGCUUGCUCAAAGGGGAGACAAUCAUUGAACUCACUCAUCAGUGUUGGUGUUCACGGGGACGGCAUGAACCCGCUAAUAAGCUGUAAGCUUAUCAAAAGUAUAGUACAAUCGCGUGUGUUGUACGGAUCUGAAUUGUGGGCUAACCCUAUGCAAUAUUCUCGACAAGAACUCGACAUAGUUCAACGAUAUGCUGCUAGGAGAUGCCAAGGGUUUGAGAAAACCUCACCAACAAUUGUUACAACUCGUGCCAUCGGUCUACUUGAUAUUCAUGGCGAAGUCGAUAAAAGAAAACUGUUAUUUUGGAACAAGCUCUGCGCUGCAAGUAACAAAUAUGUCUGGAAAACUCUCUUCCUGAUUAGGCUUUGCGCCUUCAUAUUCGGGGAAAAGAUGCUUCAAGUGGAAAGUUUCAUACCAGACAUCUUCCUUACAGCGCUUAGACUUAAUAUAAACUCAGUUUUGUUCGAUUUCAUGUUUGACGGUUUCUGUCCCACACGCGGUUCAUGGAGAAACUUCGUUAAUAGGAUUGUGGAAGACUAUUAUUUCAAUAAAUGGCGGAAUGCUAUGGACAACUCAAUUGUGUCAAAAACUUAUAGCAGCAUUCACUCCGUACAUGGUCCCAACCCUCUCUGGCUAUUGAGUCUCCAUUAUCCUAAUUAUACAUGGAAACUAGGUGAGCUUAUCAAGCUAUCAUAUCGUUAUGAACAGAACACUGUAGUGUGCAGACUCUGUAAAAAAACAAGCGGACGAUAUCACAACGCACUUUCUUAUCCAGUGUCCGGCAUUGUUCCUAAGUCGUGA